CAAACCCGCCCAAAUGCAAGAUAAAAUACGGGCGGGCCGGCCCAUGGGCCCAAAAAUUCUGCCCAAAACCCGGCCCAAAAGCAGGCUGGGCCGGGCAGGGCCAAAAUGAUCACCUCUAAUUACUAGUUGCUACUUCUAUCAACGAUGUAACUUUUGUUAAUCAUGCGACUAGCUUUACAAAAAAUGCGUUAUUAAUGAAAUAGAAGUAGUAAUGUUGAUAAUUGAUAAACAAUUCGACUUGUGUGGAUUCAUAUUAAAAUUAGCGUGCACUCGGCUCAUGCACUUGAAUUGAGCCGCACACCAUUAUAAUACACAGAAACCCAGUAUAUUACAAACAUAUACACUAUAUGAGAGAAAUACACUGGAUGAUAAACAAAUAGUACACCAUAAUACAUAAAAACACUAUCACAAAUAAACAUUAUACUUCUUUCAAAAAAAGAACAGCAAAUAAACACACUAUAUUGCGUACAAAUACGCUAUAUCGAAACUGGCAAUAUUAGACCCAACAAUAUCAAAACUUUGGUUUACCGUUGUAUAGGGUCACUCACACAGAGGUCCAAUAAGCUCCAACUCCUCCCCCCAAUUAAUUUCUCAUGCGUGAGAUAAAAAGUUAUAUCAUUGCACCCAAAAAUUCUUGACUCCUUGGUUUAUAGGAGCAAAGUUUGUUCUUCUUAGGACUUAGGAGGAACUAGACAUGUAGAAAUAAAUUUGGAGUAUGGAAAUGAACUCUCCUUCUAGUUAACUAGUUGCACACUUGCACAUCUUCAAUUCCAACAGCCAAUCCCUAAGCUAGCAACCAAUGAGCUGUCAAUUUGAUUGCAUAUCCUCCUACUUCAAAUUAUUUAAAUCAGAUGAUGGACUCUACCCAAUUUUUAUCGUUUUCAUUCAAUUACAAUUUACAUAAAUUCCUAAAAUAAAAAAAAAAAUUGAAUAUUUUUUUAAUUUUUUUAUUAUUUUGAAGUAGACAUAAAUCUUUUUCAUUUCUUUUUAGAUUUAACUUUAUAAAUAAGGAGACACCCAAAUCAAUAAAUACAUAGAUAUAAAGAGUUUCAACAUCACCCCCACCUCCCACAAUGCCAAAGAAAACUCUGAUAAAGAUCAUAACUUCCUUUUUAGGCUUUUACAUAGAUAGCAAAAUCUACCCAUUGGUCCACUUGCAUUACUUUUUCUUUUUUCUUGUCUUUUUCCCUAUUUUUCUCAUAUUCUCACUCCUCAAAUUUAGUCAUAUAAAAAGAAAGAGGAAACAAAGCAAAAGAGAAAAAAAAAAAUUGUAUGAAACCCAUGUUAUGUUAUCUCAUUUUCUUUCACUAGAAAUUUCCUUUGCCCAUACUCUUUAAAUUUACACCUCCUUAUCACAAAGAUAGGACUUAAAUUCUCCUCCUUACCCAAAUCUUUUUCUGUUUUUUUGUUGGGGUAUCUUUCAAAUAAUUCCUUUUUAACUGAAGAAAAUUGAAAGUUCAUACUUCAUAUUUCAUAGUAUUACUACAAUACUACUACCCACUUUCAAAGGUUUUUAAUUUUCAUAUACCCAAAAAUAGAAAGAACAAACAAAAUAAUGAAGAUUCAGUGUGAUGUGUGUGAAAAACAAGAGGCUUCAGUUUUUUGUGCAGCAGAUGAAGCAGCACUUUGUGAAGGGUGUGAUUAUAAAGUACACCAUGCUAAUAAGCUUGCUAGCAAACACCUUCGUUUCUCUCUUCUUCAUCCUUCGUUCAAGGAAGCUCCUUUAUGUGACAUUUGCCAAGAAAGACGUGCAUUUUUGUUCUGCAGAGAAGACAGAGCAAUUUUAUGCAGGGAAUGUGACAUUCCAAUACAUAAAGCAAAUGAACACACUCAAAACCAUAAUAGAUUUCUAUUAACUGGGGUUAAAAUUUCAGCUUCUUCAGCUACAUACCCUACUUCUUCUCCACGUUCUUCUACUUCUUCAGGGCCUAAAUCAUCAGUUAGUAUCUCUAGUUAUGAUCAUGACAUAUUUAACCAAUAUUCCUACUCUACAACCCCAUCAUCAACUGCGACAACGACGACGACGACAACAACGACGACAAUGAAUUAUGAUCAUUGUAAUGAAGAUGGUUCGAUUUCGAUGAAUAAUACUAUUUCAGAGUACCUAAUGGAGACCUUGCCUGGAUGGAGAUUAGAGGAUUUGCUUGAUUCUUCUUCUGCUUCUCAUAAUCUCUGUAAGAUUUCUGACUACACAAAUACAAAUCCAAUUAACAGAAACCAACAAGUUGAGGAAAAUAUAGGUGGAUUUGGUUCAGAAAAUCAGUCAAUGAUGUCGGUAUUUCAUCAUCUGGGACCGCUCGUUCCCUCCCAUCUUCCUGCUAACUUCCUCGAUAGAUCGUAAUCAAUUACUCUGAGGAAAAAAAAAAAAGGUGCCCAACUGUCCAAAAAAAAAAGCGGCAAUUUUGGUACUCGAAAAAAAAGCACCUUGCAAAUGUACAUUAUCUUAAUUUCCUUCAUUAAUUUGCUAAUCAAGCUUUAUUUUCAUAUAUAUAUAUAUAUAUAAGUUGUUCGAUUU